AUGACAUGGGCCGGGCCCAAAGUCACGCUUGCAGACUCUGGACGGGUUGCAGAGAAACAGGGCCUUGAAGAAGCCAGCUCCUGGUAGUCCAACGGAAACCAGGACCCUCUGAAGCCAUGGCCCCCUCUCAUCCUGCUCUCCAGUUCUGGAUACAUUCUUAUCUCUGGUGUCUGCUUCUGAUGCCAGCAGUGUUGGCCCAGCAAGGCUCGCACACCCAUGCCGAGGACCGCCUGUUCAAACACCUGUUUGGAGGCUACAAUCGCUGGGCACGGCCAGUGCCCAACACUUCCGAUGUGGUCAUCGUGCGCUUUGGACUAUCCAUUGCACAGCUCAUAGAUGUGGAUGAGAAGAAUCAAAUGAUGACCACGAAUGUCUGGCUAAAGCAGGAAUGGAAUGACUACAAGCUACGCUGGGACCCUGUGGAGUUUGGCAACAUCACCUCCCUCCGUGUCCCUUCAGAGAUGAUCUGGAUCCCAGACAUUGUUCUCUACAACAAUGCAGACGGGGAGUUUGCGGUGACCCACAUGACCAAGGCCCACCUCUUCUUCACGGGCACUGUGCACUGGGUGCCCCCAGCCAUCUACAAGAGCUCCUGCAGCAUCGACGUGACCUUCUUCCCCUUCGACCAGCAGAACUGCAAGAUGAAGUUUGGCUCCUGGACAUACGACAAGGCCAAGAUCGACCUGGAGCAGAUGGAGCAGACAGUGGACCUGAAGGACUACUGGGAGAGCGGCGAGUGGGCCAUCAUCAAUGCCACCGGAACCUAUAACAGCAAGAAGUACGACUGCUGCGCGGAGAUCUACCCCGACGUCACCUACUACUUCGUUAUCCGCCGGCUGCCGCUGUUCUACACCAUCAACCUCAUCAUCCCGUGCCUGCUCAUCUCCUGCCUCACCGUGCUCGUGUUCUACCUGCCCUCCGAGUGUGGCGAGAAGAUCACGCUGUGCAUCUCGGUGCUGCUCUCCCUCACCGUCUUCCUGCUGCUCAUCACGGAGAUCAUCCCGUCCACCUCGCUGGUCAUCCCACUCAUCGGCGAGUACCUGCUCUUCACCAUGAUCUUCGUCACCCUCUCUAUCGUGAUCACAGUCUUCGUGCUCAAUGUCCACCACCGUUCCCCUAGCACGCACAACAUGCCCAACUGGGUGAGGGUGGCCCUGCUAGGCCGGGUGCCCCGGUGGCUGAUGAUGAACCGGCCCCUGCCACCCGUGGAGCUCCAUGGCUCCCCGGGUCUGAAGCUCAGCCCCACUUAUCAUUGGCUGGAGACCAACAUGGAUGCUGAAGAAAGGGAGGAGACAGAGGAAGAGGAGGAGGAAGAGGAAGAAGACGAAAACAUAUGUAUGUGUGCAGGCCUUCCAGACUCUUCCAUGGGUGUCCUCUAUGGCCAUGGCAGCCUGCAUUUGAAGGCCAUGGGGUCUGAGGCCAAGACUCCAUCCCAGGCUAGUGAGAUCCUGCUGUCACCUCAAAUACAGAAAGCACUAGAAGGUGUGCACUACAUUGCUGACCACCUGAGGUCUGAGGAUGCUGACUCUUCGGUGAAGGAAGACUGGAAGUAUGUGGCCAUGGUGGUAGACCGGAUCUUCCUCUGGCUGUUCAUUAUCGUCUGCUUCCUGGGGACCAUCGGGCUCUUCCUCCCUCCGUUCCUGGCUGGAAUGAUCUGACUUCAUGUCCCUCAUGUUGGCUCCAAGGUGGCCUGGACAACCACCUUCUGCUCUUCUGUGACUGGAGCCAUCUCUAGAAUAGUCUUUUGACUUAAUACCACCUGCCUGUGAUGUUUCUACGAGGCCCCCAAUCUAGCCUGGACUCCAUUUCCUCCUUGCCAACAGCUUAUGGUGCCAUUGCGGUGACAAGCACUGAGACCACUCAACACGACAACUAUUUAGGGAUGCUGAGGAACUAGAAGGGGUGGAGGCUGCUCUGCAGGUGGUGACAACAUGGUGGUGACACGGCUCCCAGGAGAUAUCCCUGAUAGGAGCUGUCUAUGGCAAAAGGGUCAAACAAAGGGAUGGAGGGGUCAGACCAGGGCAAAGGGAAAUAGAACACCGGCCCAAGAUGGGCACAAGGAGACAAUGGGAGUGUCUGGUGUGGAAGAGUUCUGCACAACACUGUGGAUUCAGAACAUCAGAGAGUACAGCCAGCUGGGGUGGGGAGGCUGGGAGGCAGGUUGGGAUAUUUUUAAUCCAGGCCCAGGAAGAAGCUCAGAGUCUUCUCUGAACUUGUCUCUAUGUGCUUUGCAGGAAAUGUUAGAGGGCAGGGGUACUUCCCAAAGGAGUGGGGCACAAAGAAAGUUCUAGAGCAGUGGCUCUCAACCUGCGUCAUGGGUUGCAACCCUUCUGGGAGUCGAACGACCCUUUCACAGGGGUCAUAUAUCAGAUAUCCUGCAUAUCAGCCAUUUACAUGGCAGUGCAUAACAGUUUCAAAAUUACUGUUAUGAAGCUGAAAUGAAAAUAAUUUUGUGGUUGGGAUCAUAACGUGAGGAACUGUAAAGGGUCAUAGCAUUCGGAAGGUUGAAAACCACUGAUCUAGGUGUCCUGGUGGACGCUUGAGGCAGAAGGAUAGCAACAUUGGAUAUAAAAGUUGCUGGGCCAUUAUCCAUCCAAAAGCAGCUUGGAGCCGCCAAGUUCCCCUCAGCGUCAUGACUCACUGUUCUAUGCUACAGAAAAGAGGUGUAGUAAUUUCUACAAGGGAUCAGGGCUACCUUCAAAUCAAGAGAACAAAGUAAGAAGGCAGUCUCCAAUGCUGGCAUCCUUCUGGCUGUCCACAGGGCCCUGGUCCUCGAUUCCCGGCUCUGUCAGCAUGUCUUGCACAGGGACUCAGAUCUUUGUGCCAAGCUCUUUCAAUUGUGUGCUCCUUCAGGGCAGAGUCUCUGCUUUUUCUCUCUCAGUCUGGGCUGGGUGAGAGAGCUCAGCACCUGGGCCCUUCAUCAUGAGUAGUGGAGAGAAACCAACCCGGUUGCUUUAGACUCCAGAGCUGCUACAUAAUACCAAAGCUUUGGGGGAGGUUUCUUUCCCAGUCUUCCCAGGGCCCCAUCAGGCGACUAACUUGCUCUGAACUGUCCUGUGUAGCUUGUUCUUGUACUUGUAAUAUUCCACGACCCUUCACUGCAUAGGACCCCAGGGGCUUGGGCCUUUCAGAACAUUCUCCAAUCCCCAAGGAAUUAGACCCCAGGCACUAACAGCAAUGGGAUUCAGGGCCACUAAUAGAUAUAGAGACCAAGGUAGGAAGCAAAGUAGGGGAAAUUUGUUCUCUAUGUUAGGGUGCUCUCCUUCUGAACCCCACACAUAGCACCUUGACAGACCUAGGAGACCUGCUUGCCAUACCCAGACUCCCCGUUACCAGUUCUAAUGACACCCCACUCAAUCUCAGGCCUUGGCUCCCCCUUUCUCCACUGAAUGCAGCCCGCACCUCUUUUCUCUGUGUCAAACCCCAAGACGUGAUUUCCUGAUGGGGGGAUGCUUGUUGGAUGAUUCUUAUCUCCCAUCCUCCUUGCAUGUGGGUGAAAUGUCAAAAUAAAGCUGAAAUGUCUGCCGUCAA